GACUCGCCGCGCCGCCUAGCUAUCUCCUCCCCUCCUGCAUCAGCACCUACCAGCACCUCCAAGGCAGUCCACCUUGAUAACCUCUCAGAGCUGCCCUGAGGGUGCCCAUGUUCCCUUUACAUUCCUUGGUUUGAGGACAAGGAAGCUUUCCAUGAGGCCCUGAGCCCCUAAGGCCCAGUACUUGGGGCCUUUGGGGGCCACCUUUGAGCCGGCAGUGGCUUUGCUCCCCAGGUCACAGUGCCGUGGCCACCAGAACCUGCAAGAUGUUUCACGGGAUCCCAGCCACUCCAGGCAUGGGAGCCCCUGGAAAUAAGCCAGAGCUGUAUGAGGAAGUGAAGUUGUACAAAAAUGCCCGGGAGCGGGAGAAGUAUGACAACAUGGCAGAGCUGUUUGCAGUGGUGAAGACGAUGCAGGCCUUGGAGAAGGCAUACAUCAAGGACUGUGUCACCCCCAGCGAGUACACUGCAGCCUGCUCCCGGCUCCUGGUACAGUACAAAGCAGCCUUCCGACAGGUUCAGGGCUCGGAAAUCAACUCCAUUGAUGAAUUCUGCCGCAAGUUCCGCCUGGACUGCCCACUGGCCAUGGAGAGGAUCAAAGAGGACCGGCCUAUCACCAUCAAGGAUGACAAGGGCAACCUCAACCGCUGCAUUGCUGACGUCGUCUCGCUCUUCAUCACGGUCAUGGACAAACUGCGUCUGGAGAUACGUGCCAUGGAUGAGAUCCAGCCCGACCUGCGGGAGCUGAUGGAGACCAUGCAUCGCAUGAGCCACCUCCCUCCCGACUUUGAGGGCCGCCAGACGGUCAGCCAGUGGCUACAGACCCUGAGUGGAAUGUCGGCUUCUGAUGAGCUGGAUGACUCCCAGGUGCGCCAGAUGCUCUUUGACCUGGAGUCAGCCUACAACGCAUUCAACCGCUUCCUGCAUGCCUGA